GUGGGGCAUAUUAAUGGAACUAUUUGCCGCUAGUAGUCACAUAACUGGUCUUGGAAAGAAUCUAAUGUAAUAAAGAACUCAGAAUCAGUUAAUACGAAACAUGUCCACACUGAAAAACAUACUUUGGCCUCAAGUCAUAUUAUUUGGCGACUCAAUCACUCAGUACUCCUUCUCAUCAAGCGGUUGGGGAUCAGAUAUAGCCAAUAAACUAGCCAGAAAAUGCGACGUGGUGAACAGAGGGUUGUCUGGCUACAACUCAAGGUGGGGCAAAAUAAUCCUUCCUCGCAUCAUCUCUGGCGACAGAGGUCCACACAACAAAAUAGCAGCAGUAACAGUCUUCUUUGGAGCUAACGACUGUGCUCUGGAAGAUAAGAACCCAAAGCAGCAUGUCCCAUUACAGGAGUACUCGGACAACCUUAAGGAGAUAGCUAGGCACCUAGUGUCAGUGGGCGUAACUGCUGACAAGGUCAUCUUCAUCACUCCACCUCCUCUAAACGAGGCAGCCUGGCAGAAAGAGUGUGAACUGGCAGGUUCUCCCCUGAAUCGUCUAAACUCAGUGGCAGGUCAGUAUGCCCAGGCGUGUGUGCAGGCAGCUGGCCAGUGUGGGGCCGACAUACUGGACCUCUGGACUCUCAUGCAGAAAGAUGGACAGGACUUCACAGAGUUCCUCUCAGACGGGCUCCACCUUUCGCUGAAGGGGAACCAGUUUGUGGCGGAGCAGCUCUGGAAGGUCCUGGAGAGACGGGUGGUGGAUCUUCCCUUCAUUCUGCCCUACUGGGGAGACGUCGACCCCGAACACCCUGAGGCCAGCUUGCUCUGUGACCGCUGACCUCAGAAUUCAAGACUUCCUAGCGUUAACACACAGCAUCAUCUAUUGCCACAUCAGAGAGUAGUUUCUCUGGAAUGUUAAGAUUCAGUAAUGAUGUGAUUAAUUUCUUUUUAUAUAAAUGUAUAGAAAAAUACAAUA